UGGCACGAGACGGAAGCUGAAAGAGGCCUCGGGACGAGGCCAGUGCCGCGGCGCAGGCCACACUCUCUCGGCCUCAAGCUCCGGCGCUCUCUUCCUCGCUUUCUCUCUCGCUGCCAAUCCAAAGGCUCCUCCGAGCGGAAGCCGGAAGUGGCGCUGCUCUAGGCACCCGGAAGCCGAGGGGAGGUCCGCUCUAGGCGCCGGCGUCUAUGGCUCCCUCCCUCCGCGCUCCCCGAUUGGCCGAGCGGACGGAGGCGCCGCCGUCAUGUGACCGUGGAGUCACGUGCCCCGCCCCCGCCGCUGCUGCUUCCCUCAGAGCUAGCCGCCGAGCGAAGGAAGGCAGCCUCUCCGUCUCGGUGCCAGGAUGCUGCUGUCGUGCUUCCCGGAGCUGUACUUCAACGCGGACGGCGGGUACCUGGAGGGCCUGGUGCGGGGCUUCAAGGCCGGAGUCCUCAGCCAGGCCGACUACCUCAACCUGGUCCAGUGCGAGAGCCUCGAAGAUCUGAAGCUUCACCUCCAGAGCACGGAUUAUGGGAACUUUCUAGCCAAUGAAGCCUCUCCUUUGACAGUGUCUGUCAUCGACGACAAGCUGAAGGAGAAGAUGGUGGUGGAGUUCCGCCACAUGCGGAACCAUGCCUAUGAGCCGCUGGCUAGCUUCCUGGACUUCAUCACAUACAGCUACAUGAUUGACAAUGUCAUCCUUCUGAUCACGGGAACGCUCCACCAGCGCUCCAUUGCAGAGUUGGUGCCCAAGUGCCACCCGCUGGGCAGCUUUGAGCAAAUGGAGGCUGUGAACAUUGCCCAGACACCUGCUGAACUCUACAAUGCCAUAUUGGUGGACACGCCCCUGGCGGCCUUUUUCCAAGAUUGCAUCUCUGAACAAGACUUGGAUGAAAUGAACAUUGAAAUUAUUCGAAAUACACUGUACAAGGCUUACCUGGAGUCCUUCUACAAGUUCUGCAAGGCCCUGGGUGGCACAACAGCAGACGCCAUGUGCCCCAUCUUGGAGUUUGAAGCUGACCGGAGGGCCUUCAUCAUCACCAUCAACUCCUUUGGUACUGAGCUGUCCAAAGAGGACCGGGCCAAGCUCUUUCCCCACUGUGGGAAACUCUACCCAGAGGGCCUGGCCCAGCUCGCCCGGGCAGAUGACUAUGAGCAGGUCAAAGCCGUGGCUGACUACUACCCGGAAUACAAGUUGCUCUUUGAGGGAGCUGGGAGCAACCCUGGAGACAAGACGCUGGAGGACCGAUUCUUUGAGCAUGAGGUGAAGCUGAACAAGUUGGCAUUCCUGAACCAAUUCCACUUUGGCGUCUUCUACGCUUUCGUGAAGCUGAAGGAACAAGAAUGCCGCAACAUUGUCUGGAUUGCCGAGUGCAUUGCCCAGCGCCACCGGGCCAAGAUCGACAACUACAUCCCAAUCUUCUGAGCCUGCCCCCCCCCUGCCCUCACCUUAGCAAAGCCCCAUAGUUCUCCCUCAUUCUCUGCUGCCCCUUGGCCUCAAAGCACAUUUGGUGGGGAGUGGCCAGGAGGGGUCUGUGGGGUGUAGCCAAGGCCCAGGGGAGGAUCCCUGCCUCCCUCUCCUCUCCCCCAUUGCUGCUACCUUCAGAGUUGUAACGUGUUCACUGUGUGUGUGUGUGUGUGAUCUGUGUAGGUCAGACUCAGUUGUCAGUAUUCCCCAAAGCUGGCUUGGCUACGGAGGAGGAGGAGGAGGAGGGAGACCUGUGAGGUGUGGCUGGAUUGUGAGCCCCAUGUGUGGCACUCUUUCCCCCAGCAAGACACUCUGUGUGUGGGGGCGAGAAGAGAGGCGCUUGUCUUGACUGCUUAUCUUUCUGCAAUGGGUUCCUAUGGGACCAGUCUGGAGCCGGUUUGAUGGCACUGGUUUGCCUUUCCUUCCUAUCAAUCUUGGCUCUGCAUUUGGGGUGGGGGGUGGGGGGGGGGGAA